UGUCAAAGUGCUUCUUCAUUUCGGUAUCUAUUGAGAAACGGAGACGAAAGAACUUUAUUUUCUUAAUGGAAAAUUUGUAUCAUUAAAGUAGUUUUUGUUGCUAAAAUUUCUAUAAACAAUAGGAGGGGAAAGAAGUAGAAAAUAGAGAACCUGAACCGCAUAAGUCGUUCACGGGUAGUUAGCAGUACCUUGAUUGCGUGUAUAUUAAUACCCUUAUAUACAGAAACAUAUAUGUUUAAUUGUGUGUUGUACCCCAUUUGCUACUGAACGGAAGACUACAACGAGAGUUUAAUCGGAACUCUGAUGAAAAUAAUGGCAGACAUGGAUGCAGUACACUUGGGUUUAGAUGAGAACGAGGCUGAUAUUGCGGAAGAGCUGCAGCAUUUUGAUGACUCAUUUGAUACACGAAGUGAAGCUUCAUCUGAUUCCGAUUCCUCAGACUCGCAGCCAAGCAUCAGUUCUGUGGGUUCUGACCACUCUAGUGAGUCAAAGGCAAAGCGCAAGAAUAAAACUAAAAAGCCAGAGAAAACAUCUAAAGGUACUGCAGAGGUAAAGGCAGCUAAACGUUCUGUAUCUCCCUCCAAAGAAUCGACUGUAAACGGCAAAAGUCCUUCAAAAAAGAGGAAAGAUAGCAAUAGCAAAACAACGGAUGAGCCCAAGGAUUUUAUAGGCCCCAUUAAACCGGACACUAUUGUAAGCUCUUCGAAGAAGUCUCGUAAAAAAUCCAUAGAAGGCAGUCAGAAUGUGUCGGGCAAUAGUGCCAAUAUUAGUGGGAGCGUUAAAAGUGAUGCAAGUGAUGAUGAAUCCGCUAAACCCAAAACAGCAUCCGCUACAUACGAUAGCGAUUCGGAAUCAGAAAAUUCCGAUUCUGCUGCAAACAUUAAGCGUAAUGGACGCAAAAAUGCAUCAAAAAACUCUACGCCCGAGAAAAGAACCUCCUCAUCAAGAUCUGGCACAAAAGGAGUUUCGUCGUAUGACUACAAGACCAAACUAAACUAUCUCUUUCGAGAUACUCGUUUUUUUCUGAUCAAAUCAAAUAACGCAGACAAUGUUACAUUGUCAAAGAACAAAAAUGUAUGGGCCACAUUGCCGCAGAACGAUGCCAAUUUAACGCAGGCAUUCAAGGAGUCACGUAAUGUACUUCUUAUAUUCUCCGUCAAUGAAAGCGGAAAAUUCGCUGGAUUUGCCCGCAUGAGCGCCAGCUCAAGUCGUGAUAUACCGCAACCAGACUGGGUACUGCCGUCCAGUAUUUCUGCAAAAGCAUUGGGUGGUGUGAUCGAAAUCGAUUGGAUUUGCCGCAAAGAACUUUCUUUCAACUGUACAUCACACUUGUAUAACUCAUGGAACGAAGGCAAACCGGUCAAAAUUGGACGAGAUGGGCAAGAAAUUGAACCCAAGGUCGGAGCAGAAUUAUGCCGCCUUUUUCCAGAAGAUGAAAAAGUUGAAUUGACACCAAUUUUACGCAAGUCCAAGAGUACGGCUAAAAUGAUGAGAGAAAAAGGCAUACGUAUGGUCUAUAAGCCUCCAAAGAGCUUAUCAUCACGAGGAGGAGGCGGCGGCGGACGCGCGAAUAGUUUUCGCUCCGGUGGCGGAAGUGAUCGUAAUCGAGAUGGUGGUGGUCCAAUGCGUCACAAAAGAUUUGGUGGUUCACACCGUACUUACAAAUUACCAUAUAUGGGUCAUCCCGGCGGUGGCUACAAAAGGGGUGGUUCUCCAUACCGAGGAGGACCGGGCGGUGGAGCAAGUGGCAAUGGGCCAACCAGAGCUGGUGGCGGUGAUGCUGGCCUACCGCCUUGGGAACGAUAUAUGACACCGACAGCGGCUGCAGAAGCUUAUUUGGUCGACUAUAUGCGUACAAUGCAUGGCCAGUUGCCGCCACUGCCUUUUGUUCCACCCUUCGGUCAGAUACCACCCCCCACUCCAGGGGGAACGGCUGUACCUCCUCCAGGUCUCCCAGCUUCCAUAUACGAAUUUCCUCCUCCAGGCAGAUACUACGAUGGACCACCACUGCCCGACUAUCCGCCACCUCAGCCAGCACGUCCGCCGCCACCAGGCUAUGACAAGGGUGCGCCAUCAUUCGAAGAUUUUGCAGCCUGGAAACAUGCUGGUCUCCCAACGGGAUCCCUACCACCAGGCUUUCCACCGAGCACGCCUGGUGUCAAUGCUAGCAGCACUACAGCAGCAACAACAAGUGCAACAACUAGUACAACAGCGGGUCCUAAUUCAACGUAUCGUAUUAAUCGCAACAGUGAUAUGAACAAUGCAAAUGCGAAUCGCAACCGUGAUCGUCAAGGUCGCGGUAAUGACUAUCACCGUGGCGGUGGUAAUGCAGGCGGUUCUUCUCGUAUGGGAGGUGGAGGCGCAGAGCGCGACCGUAACAUACGCAGUGGGGGUGUCAGUGAACGUAGUAGUGGUCGGUAUACACGGGGAAGUCGUCGUUAAGUGUAACACAAAGCAUCGCAAACUCGUAUAACAUAAAGAUUUCCUAAUUACUAUUCGAAUUAAUAGUCGGUUAAUGAAUUGUGCAGUAAAUUACUCACCAUCUGUCGAUAAAGAGGCACGUGACACCACUUCGGCGAACCAGCAUCAUCCACUAUACGCCACACUACGCGCGUAAUCAUAAAUAACUAGUGAUUUAUAUUUUACUUACACGUUCAAAAUCAAAGAAAGGAGAAAAAACACAAAAGUUUUAAUUUAACUAGAAACGAAAAAGAGAAAAAAAUAAUAGUGCAUUGAAAUCGAAAUAUUUUUUAAAUACCUAUUUUUUCAAUUUCAACAAAACAACGUAACAUUAAAAAAAGAAGAAGAAGAUCUUCUUACGCAGAUCAAAAAAAAGGCAUUGUGUGAAAGAAAGAGAAAAGUUCAUGGAAAAUAUUAACAAACUUAUUUUUAGUAUUUAACUUUAUUUAGUUCUUUCCUACAUAAUUAUAGAACAUUUAAGAAUUACAAAAAAAAAGAAAAUAUAUAUAUUCAAAGAGAAAAAUAAAAAAAUAAAUCUAAAGAACUUUUUAUUGCAAUAUCAAGAAGAAACCAAAAAAAAAGAGAGAAGGUGGAGAACCACUUGUUGUACCAACAAAUUCAACACAACCAAAAGACUGACUAAACGAUGAAAUCUUACGGGAUUUUGUCAAAGAGACGUUUUUAUUUUAUACUCUCCUCCUUACGCCCCACCAAAGAAAACGAACUGUUCUCUGUUAUUGCAAGAUAAUUGAUUUGAAAACGAUACAAUUUGAAAGGAAAUCCUCACCUCCUUGAUGAAUGAUAGAAAAAAGUGCCUAAAACAAGUGAAUACCAAAAAGUGAUAACAUAAAUGGAUACAUGUAUGUAUAUGAUGUCUUCUACACAUAUACGUAGUACAAAUGAAAAGUUUAUUAUAUUCCCAUUAAAGCAAAGCAACUGUGGUCGUCUGUGCUGGCGAAUUGCCGCUCCUUACAGCAAGCUGACUUUUUUUUGUUGAAAACACACCAAAAUAACCCCUUAAAAUUCAUCUAUGGACUUUUACCACCACCCCUCCCAACAAAAAAAAAAAAGGAAUUCUAUUCAAAGCAGUGUUCCCUAAAAACAAUCAAAAUGUAUGGACCAUUGCAAUAUCCGAACAUGAAGCUACUUCAUGUGGUGUAUCUCAUACCGAAUUACACACAUUGACCCCGCCCCCCACCUUCCCACAUCGAUAAUCAUAAUUAUUAUCGCUCAUAAAUGCCAUCAAGAAAUGUUGCUUUUGUGCUCAUUAUAAUCAUAAUCUUGUAUGUUUUUGUUGUAAUUUAUUAUCUAAUAUUUUAUGUCUUUCAGACUUUAGAGAUUUCCCACAAUAUUUUAAGCUUGCAGUCUUUUCAUUUUUAUCUCUCACCAUUGCCGUUUGUCUUUGGAAGUGCGAAAGAGAGCGAGCUAGCGAGGGAGUGGGUGAGAGAGAGAGAGAGAGGAAGUUCUUUAUUCAGGGAUCCUUGACACAUUCCAUUUCAAUGUAACCAGAUGAUUCAAGAAGCCCACGAACAUAUCUUCCUGUAUGCAAACAAAGGAUAAUGGAUAAGAAUUGCUAUGCUACUGGAGCUAUUUCAGGUUAUGAACCGAUUCGGGCCAAACUUGGCUGGGUGUUAGAGAACAUAGAAGAUGCCUUGUGUAAAAUUUCAGCCAAAUCGGGUAAGAAUUAGCCCUCUAGGGGCUCAAGGAACAGAAUGGGGGGAUCGGUUUACAUGGGAGCUUUAUCUAAAUAUGGACCGAUAUGACCCAAUUACAAUCUCAACCGACCUUUCUACAUUAGCAAGAAGUAUUUGUGCAAAAUGUUCAAGCGCCUAGCUUUACUUCUUCGAAAAUUUCAUGUUUUCCACAGACAGACGGACAUGGCUAGGUCGACUUAAAAUGUCAUGGCGGUCAAUAAUAUAUAUACACUUUAUGGGGUCUUAGACCAAUAUUUCGAUGUGUUACAAACGGAAUGACGUUGUUAGUAUUCCACAAUCCUAUAGUGGAGGGUAUAAAAAAGAUCACAAAUUGAAGUGUCUUACAAAUUGAAGUGUGUGUAUAGCGAAUUUUGCGUAGUUAACCUCAAAAAUUUAAAGAAGAACAAACGAAAAUUUUAAAUUUGUGUCUUAAAACCACGCAAAGCAUAAUUUCCCGUUCCCUAAUAAAAUUUUGCACUAUUUAUUUAUAUAGAAUUGUAACACGCAGACAGAGGGAAGAGUAAAUUGGGUUUAAUCAGACUGAUAAUUUAAUCGGACUGGUAAUUUAAUCGGACUAUGAUAUUAAUUGGACUGCUACGUGGAAUAUUUGUGUUUUUCUUUUUUUUAUGUCUUUGCAGGGUUUAAAAAAGGAAUAUACCCAACUGGAAUGAGUGCUAUUGGAUAGUGUGUUGUGUUAACUGUUUACUUUGUUAUAACUUUUUUUACAUACAAAAAAAUAUAAAAAAUAGCUAUCUCAAUUGUGAAAA